AUGGACAAGACAGCCAGCAGGUUUUCCAGCAAGAUGGACACGGCCUUGGGCAAGAGACCCAAGUCGCAACGCUACGAUCCCUUGGCCCAGGCAUCCAGCUCUGCUCACUCGGACGCAGACUCAGACGCUAGCACAGAAAUUGGCGACGAGGAAGAAGACGGCUGGGAUCCCGAGCGCGGUUUGCAAGCAUCCGGCCAUGGACGAGAAAAGGGAAAGACUGCAGUCCGAGCUAUCAAAUCACAGUUGUGGAUGCUCAACACGGUCCUGCUUUUGGCUAUACUCCUACUCCUGCUAUUAUCAUUGUUCAUGGGCAGCGAGCAGGGGGAAAUGGGGUUCAAGACAGCGUCGAGCUCAUCGCGGUUUGAGCUCCUUGGCGAUGUCUCCGGCUUCACACCCUCGUUUUCCAGCAAGGUGGUGACAUUUAGGCCGGAUGCGAGGUUUGCGCCUGAAAAGGCCGAGGCAUUCUUUAGUAAUGAGACGUUGGAGGCUUGGUUGGGGAUCGUGCCUGCUGGUCACUUGUAUUCUACGUGCCUGAAUUCCUACCUCCCAAAUUGCUUUAGCUCGCGUUUUUUCCCCCAUACUAUGCCACUCGUCCACACUUCGACCCUCAUCAGGCCCCAAACAACAGUUACACCAGUACUACCACCGCUGACCAGCCUCCCCUCACCAACAGCAGGCCUAGGCUACACCGAGAUCACCGACCCGCAAAACCACCACCCCCUCCCCCACCCCAUCCACGACUACCCCUCCAAAUCCGUCUUCACCACAUCCCUGACCCACCAACUGCACUGCCUCUACACCAUCCUAUCCGCGUACAACGCGCAGACCGUGGCCCUCUCCUCUUUUACCUCUUCUUCCUCAUCCUCGCCCCGAGUCCCACCGGUAAAAGAGCCGUGGCACAUUACGCACUGCGCCGAGUACUUGCGGCAGGCGAUCAUGUGUGGGGCCGAUGUUGCGCUUGAAGGGGCGGCGACGACAUUUCCGGAGGGCGAGUUUGGGGAUCGAGGGGGGAGCGAUGGGUGGGAUGGGCGACAUGUGUGUAGGGAUUAUGGCGAGGUGAUGGGAUGGUUGGAGGGCGUGGCGGUCAGUGAUGUCAAACUCCAAACUCGGCCCUUGCGACCCCUAGCUCUCAUCUCGAUCCCGAGUCGGCUACAUGCCUCGGUGGACAAGUACGACGGGGAGGAGGAGGAGGAGGAGGAGGAGGAGGGUGAACACCGGCGCAAAGACCUGUAUGGGCCCGACGCGGACAAGUACGACCCCGAGCGGUGGGCCACACUGCGCCCGAGCUGGGAAUAUCUGCCCUUCAACGGCGGACCGAGAAUCUGCCUAGGACAGCAGUAUGCGCUUACCGAGGCGAGUUAUGUGACGGUGCGCAUGUUGCAGGAGUUCAAGGCCAUGGAGAGCCGGGAUGCUGAACCAUGGAUUGAGGGGUUGACGCUGACGUUGUGCUCUAAGAAUGGGGUCAAGGUUGGGUUGACGCCGGCUUAG